AUGCAGUGUGUGUCUCAUCUUGCUGAGUCUGGUCUCUCCCCAGCAUCAUCCCUUCUCUACAUAUCCCUCACAAGAGUACUAUGCGCCUUCUCUAUUUGUCAGCUCGAUGAAUCUCUAGCGGGUAAGUCUUUGGACGUGCUCUCAGCGUUGUUACCAGCCGUGAUAUCCCAAGCCCAUGGUGAACUCGAAGAAUGGCUUCCACUUUGGAUUCCUACUGUGACCUCUGUUGCCACCAUUAUCGUACGCACUCAACACGAGCCCUUGAUUGGUAGAGCUGAGAACACUCUUCGUGUCCUACUACUGGAGGGCCCGCAGAGUCAGAUACCCUCCCAGUAUUGGGUCAAGCUCGUCAGUGAUAUAUUUAUACCACUGUUACAGCGAUAUCACUCUCCUACACUCAGCAAGGUGGCCCUAAGAGUCGUUCUCUAUCACCUAUCCAAAUCCCAAGGUUUAUGGGGUCAUCCUAUACCGUCCCUUGUGGAGGCAGUAUGCAAGUGUCCUGAUGCUGAUCAUGAUGAGGGACUGAUACAAGGUGUCCGCAACCUACUCAUGGUUACUGCAACAGAUCCUGACUUGAGGGACACGGAUACUGCUCACCAAUUGCUCGAUACUGUGAUAAGGUUACUCCCUGUGGCGGCUGAGGGGUUGGAGGCCAUACUCAACUGGGAUCAGGAGAAGGAGAAGAAGCAGACCGAUGACCGGUCCUCUGGCAAUGGAGACCCGGUGGAGAACGAGCCUACUCAAAGCAAUAAUGUUAGGCAGAUUGAUGAUGUAUCCCCAAAGGGUUCGACUAAGGAAGGUGGUCAUAGCGGCCAAAUACCAGCGGAGCAGCAUCCUCAAUGA